GCGGGGUCCCAGGAAGGCGGGGCAGGCGGAGGCUGCAGGAGCCGCCGAGGCCAGACCCGGGCGCGGGAGCUGGGCCUAGGUCAGCGCCCUGGCAGCUGUGUCCGUGUCUUGGAGAAGUUUGGCCCAUUGGGAACAAUGCCACCACCAUCAGACAUCGUCAAAGUGGCCAUCGAGUGGCCAGGUGCCAAUGCCCAGCUCCUUGAAAUUGACCAGAAGCGGCCCCUGGCAUCCAUCAUUAAGGAAGUUUGUGAUGGGUGGUCAUUGCCAAACCCAGAGUACUACACCCUCCGUUAUGCAGAUGGUCCCCAGCUCUACAUCACUGAACAGACUCGCAGUGACAUUAAGAAUGGAACGAUCUUACAACUGGCUAUCUCCCCGUCCCGGGCUGCACGCCAGCUGAUGGAGAGGACCCAGUCAUCUAGCAUGGAGACCCGGCUGGAUGCCAUGAAGGAGCUGGCCAAGCUCUCCGCCGAUGUGACAUUCGCCACUGAGUUUAUCAACAUGGAUGGCAUCAUUGUGCUGACGAGGCUGGUGGAAAGUGGAACCAAGCUCUUGUCCCACUACAGUGAGAUGCUGGCAUUCACCCUGACUGCCUUCUUAGAGCUCAUGGACCAUGGCAUUGUCUCCUGGGACAUGGUUUCGAUCACCUUUAUUAAGCAGAUUGCAGGGUAUGUGAGCCAGCCCAUGGUGGACGUGUCAAUCCUUCAGAGAUCCCUGGCCAUCCUUGAGAGCAUGGUCUUGAACAGCCAAAGUCUGUACCAGAAGAUAGCAGAGGAAAUCACCGUGGGCCAACUCAUCUCACACCUUCAAGUCUCCAACCAGGAGAUUCAGACCUACGCCAUUGCACUGAUUAAUGCACUUUUUCUGAAGGCUCCUGAGGACAAGCGACAGGAUAUGGCCAAUGCAUUUGCACAGAAGCACCUUCGGUCUAUAAUCCUGAAUCACGUGAUCCGAGGGAACCGCCCAAUCAAAACCGAGAUGGCCCAUCAGCUGUAUGUCCUUCAAGUCCUGACCUUUAACCUUCUGGAGGAAAGGAUGAUGACCAAAAUGGACCCCAAUGACCAGGCACAAAGGGACAUUAUAUUUGAACUGAGGAGGAUUGCAUUUGAUGCAGAGUCUGACACUGGCAAUGUUCCUGGGAGUGGGACUGAAAAACGCAAAGCCAUGUACACCAAGGACUACAAAAUGCUGGGAUUUACUAACCACAUCAACCCAGCCAUGGACUUCACCCAAACUCCUCCUGGAAUGCUGGCCUUGGACAACAUGCUGUACUUGGCUAAAUUCCACCAGGACACCUACAUCCGGAUUGUAUUGGAGAACAGCAGCCGAGAGGACAAACACGAGUGCCCCUUUGGCCGCAGUGCCAUUGAGCUCACCAAGAUGCUCUGUGAAAUCCUGCAGGUUGGGGAACUACCAAAUGAAGGACGCAAUGACUACCACCCGAUGUUCUUCACCCAUGACCGAGCAUUUGAAGAGCUCUUUGGAAUCUGCAUCCAGCUGUUGAACAAGACCUGGAAGGAGAUGAGAGCAACAGCAGAGGACUUCAACAAGGUGAUGCAGGUAGUCCGAGAGCAAAUCACUCGAGCUUUGCCCUCCAAACCCAACUCUUUGGAUCAGUUCAAAAGCAAACUGCGUAGCCUAAGCUACUCUGAGAUUCUGAGACUGCGCCAGUCCGAAAGGAUGAGUCAGGAUGACUUCCAGUCCCCGCCAAUCGUGGAGCUGAGAGAGAAGAUCCAGCCUGAGAUCCUCGAGCUGAUCAAGCAGCAGCGCCUGAAUCGGCUCUGUGAGGGCAGCAGCUUCCGAAAGAUUGGGAACCGCCGGAGGCAAGAGCGAUUCUGGUACUGCCGGUUAGCACUGAAUCACAAGGUCCUGCACUACGGUGACUUGGACGACAACCCUCAAGGGGAGGUGACAUUCGAAUCCCUGCAGGAGAAAAUUCCUGUUGCAGACAUUAAGGCCAUUGUCACUGGGAAAGAUUGUCCCCACAUGAAAGAGAAAAGUGCUCUGAAACAGAACAAGGAAGUACUAGAAUUGGCCUUCUCCAUCCUGUAUGACCCUGAUGAGACCUUAAACUUCAUUGCACCUAAUAAGUAUGAGUACUGCAUCUGGAUUGAUGGCCUCAGUGCCCUUCUGGGGAAGGACAUGUCCAGUGAGCUGACCAAGAGUGACCUGGACACCCUGCUGAGCAUGGAGAUGAAGCUGCGGCUCCUGGACCUGGAGAACAUCCAGAUCCCUGAAGCCCCACCACCAGUCCCCAAGGAGCCCAGUAGCUAUGACUUUGUCUAUCACUACGGCUGAGCCUGGAGCCAGAGACAGUGGUACCCAGAAGGGAUUUCGGGCCCAGGAGAAACACUCACAGUCUGGUGCCUUGUCUUUGCUUGUACAAAAUCCGUAGUGAUUGUGGUGGCCAGUAAAUGCCAGCCUUUCCUCAGACCCACUUGGACCACCCAGAGUUUCCUCUUGGUCCCUGUCCACUAAGAGUCAUGAAAGCAAGGAGCUCCGUCGCCAUCAAGCCUGGGAUUGGGCCAUGAGGAAUGAACAGCAGAUGCCCUUGCCUUCCAGCCCAAGAAACUGCUUCUUGAAAUGGACUUAACAGCCACUUACUUUUCUUUAUAAGUCUGCUCUCUGGUUAGCUGGAUCCCCAUGUGAGCAAAAGCUGGCCCAGGAAAGGCUGCCUACAGGGGACACAUGUGCUGGGCAUGGUGAGAGCCUUGAAGUGACUUGCCUUUGGGUGACCAAUGCCUAUGUCUCAGAUCUUAGUGCAGGCCUUGGGCCUUUGCUUUUGUCUUUUUCAUGAGGGCUUACUCCAGCCUCAUAUGGUGCCAAGAUCCUGCUGCUUCUGAUGUUUGGCUCUAACAUCUCUGAUUUCUAGAGCCACCACAUCUCUCUUACUCUUGUAGAUAUCAGGGCAGAUGGAAAUUUCUCUCCACAAGCUCUUAGUCUCAGCCUGGCAAGUCAAAGACCUCUAGGCUAAGUCCUGCCCUCUUAGUCUCCAGGAAUGCUGCAGGAAAACCCUGGCUAAGGCCUGGGCCUGGACUGUGGUAAGGUCAUUAAAUUCUACUUCCUUACUCCCACAUUUAUAUCUUUUCCUUGGGGAGAAAUCUCUCACCUAACCUGAAUUGUAGCCCCCUCCAGUUUGCUUUCUUUUGGCCUUCCAGACCCCAGGAAGUUUGCCUUCCCUUCUCCUUCCUACUGCUGUGGUUUCUGCCAUUGGCCAUGAUUUCAGGGAGCUGGCUGAGGUUGGCGGAGGCCACAGCUGUGCCAAUGGGGCUUCCCUGGUGCUGCAGCACUUGAAAACCACACGCACAGCCUCUCUCCUCGGAUAUAUGUUAACACGGUGGCAUACAGUAUUGGUAGCCUGGCAUGGUAGGUACUACCCAAUGAAGAGUGUACUAUAUAUUUUCUUUACUAUAGGCCAUACUUAUACAGACUUGUAUAUAUAUUUAUAUAAGAUCUACCUAUCCUAGGAUGGAAUGUUGGGGGAAAAUAGAAUUUUGUGGGGUGGGGUGGGGAUUUACACUUCCAGUUGUGAGCCAAGAUUGUAACCGGAGAGCAGCCAGGAGCUUCCUGUCAGUAACCAUGUUUUCAAUAAAUACUCUUUCAUGUACAAA